AUGUCUUUCGACAGGCAGCCAGUCCGCUUUUUUAUCAUGACGUUCGUUCAAGCAAAUAACUUCAAGAUUAGUGGAAAGUUCGCUUCUGGUAGUCUCUUGUUGCUCGGACUGUCUUCGAGCUCGGUUGUCGAGAACGGAGCAACAACCCGUACUGUCGUUUCCAGCGGCGGAAAGGCGACUUCAUGUACGCCCAAUCGACAUCAGUGCUCACAGCGAGGUGUAUUAUCCAAUUCUUCACGACAGAUCUGGAGACGGGCAUUACAUACUAAGCGAGACGAACCUGCUGAAAAGCCUAGCAGCCAGUCCAAGAGCGAAAAAGUCACGCAACAAACAAAAGCAGACAAUGCUGAAUACUCAUUACUCCAUCGGAACCUCCGUGAACGCCUUCCCAACCUUCACCAAUUCCAUCGACCUACAAAAGAAGAGUUAUUAGCUGCGGCUACUGGGUUCUGGUCCAGGUUGCGGGUCAGAUUCAAAUGGUUUUCCAUAAGGAGCGUUCGUCCUUUUACGCUUGACGAAAUUGGUGCCCUUUUCUCAUGGGUGCUACUAGGCCACGUCCUAUGGAUCAUUCUGGGAACAACAACUUUCUUUUCUCUGCUCAUCCUUACCAUAAAUACUGUGUUCGCGCAAGAAACCCUCGCUCGUUGGGUCGGAAAUUACCUAACGUCGUCCUCCGGAGUCCAAGUCGUCUUCGAAUCUGCCAUCGUACCAAAAUGGAGAGACGGUGUUAUUACUUUCAAGAAUGUGUUUGUAUCUCGCAGGCCUGGCCAUGGCAACGGACAUGUAAGCAAGGGCUCCUCGAAGACAGCCGCCGCCGCCGCUGCUGCCGCCGCUUCAGCGACAAGCGACACAAAAGAAGUCGAUCCGAGUCAUGCGGCCACGGAAGAAGACACCAAUUAUACUCAAUUUGAUGUUUCAAUUGAUACUGUUAAUGUGACGCUGUCCUUCACCAAAUGGUUCAAUGGCAAAGGACUAUUACGAGAUGUGGAAGUCAAAGGAAUUAGGGGUGUCAUUGAUCGUACUCAUGUUCACUGGACAGACUACAAUGCUGAUCCGAAGUCUUACCGUCAUGAGCAUAAUCCAGGAGAUUUUGAGAUCGAUUCUUUCAAGAUGGAAGACUUGCUUGUGACAGUCUAUCAACCCAACAAUUUUAGACCGUUUGCAGUGAGCAUAUUUUCGUGCGAUCUACCUCAACUUAGGAAGCAGUGGCUCUUCUAUGAUUUCUUGUCCGCAAAUAUGAUGUCGGGCUCUUUUGACAAUUCGCUCUUUACCAUCCAUCCUCGUCAGACGAACAAUUUCACAGGAGCUCAGUUGACUACCAGCGGUGAGGAAGCUGUGAAAGGGACCCCUUGGGGAAGACAGAACAGAAUCAGGAUAGACGGUCUCAAUAUUGACCAUCUUAACCGUGGCGUCGAGGGUCCUUUCUCCUGGAUACACGAAGGUAAUGUCGAUAUCGUUGCGGAUAUCAUGCUACCUACGGACGACAGUGAGUCUAUAGCGAAAUUUGUCUCGGACUUUUACGACCGGUUCGAAGCUACAGUGACAUCGCACAACCAGACUGGAGAAACACACGAAUUCCCACAAAAUACCAACACAGCAACAACCACAACAAGUCUUAUUCCGGUCGGCGAUGAGAACGAUAAACGAUUCUUCGUUACUGAUCUACGGAUCCAUCUGACUAACGUGCGGGCCGUUGUCCCCUUGUUCACCAAAGACCUCUCCUACAUCAACAGUGCUUUGAUUCGACCGAUCGUUGCAUACAUCAACUCUCGACAUACAUUCAUUCCUAUACAGUGCCGACUGGUGAAGAGAUUGAGCGACUUUGACGGAAGCUGGACUGUAUUUGAUAGUGGACUUAUGGAUGACCUCUCUGCUGCGACUUACGACGCGUUCGCCGCAGAUGUUGUGGACGAACAAGCACGCAUGCGGCGGUUCAAGAAAGUCGGCUUCUGGUCUCUACAGCUCGCCGCGCAGGCCAUCUUUCUCGGGAUGGCUGGAAACAUUGUUUGA